GGAAAUGUGCAGCAGAGAAAUACCUCCCUCUCGAAAGUGGACAGGCUAAAAAGUUUAGUUAGCACAAACGGAGUUAAGCGUAUUUAAAUGUUGCACACUUGGCUUGCCGAGAGCUUUCGUCAUCAUGGUCCUAGAGCCGUCCCCCACCCUGCAGCCAGUCAAGAGCAAUCACCGUGUCUCACAGUAAAUGCAGCCGCGUACCGAGGCGCUUUUCCGGGCAUUAUCGACCAACUAUUAAUGUCCUGAAUCAGAUAUAAAGAUGGCCUCUCCUCAGCCUGGCAGCCCACCUCUCGCAGAGCAGUACACCCCUCCUGCUCAGGAUGAACAGAGCAAACAAGAGGAAGAGCUGAUGAGGGAUCAGCCUGCAAAAAAACGUGGCAGAGGCAGGCCUCCAAAGGCCAAACCUUCCUUCAAAUGCUCUGCAUGCACAGAGGCUUUCAGGAGUCUGACCGCUCUGCAGAGCCACAAUCGUUCGGCACACGUAAAGGACAGUCCGGAACAACACUCGUGUUCUCAGUGUGCUAAAACAUUCUCGAGCAAGGCUCAACUCUCAAAGCAUGAGCGCACUCACUCAGCCCAGCGCCCCUUUCAGUGUCCAGACUGUCACAAGGCUUACAAGACACCCACAGAGCUACGCAACCAUAGCCGCUCUCACACCGGGGAGAAACCAUUUGUAUGCAUGGAGUGUGGUAAAGCCUUCAUGCAAGCUAUAUGCCUGAGGAUCCAUAUGACACAGCACAGUGGAGAGCGUCCUUACUCUUGCCGUCAGUGUUCUAAGAGCUACCCCACCCUGUCUAAACUGAAGGUGCACAUGCGCUCUCACACGGGAGAGAAGCCAUACUUCUGUUGUGAAUGCGGUAAGAGUUUUGCUGAUCCCUCUGUGUUCCGAAAACAUAGGAGGAACCACCAAGGCCAUCGGCCGUACGCUUGCGAUGAGUGCGGGAAAACGUACACAGAGCUGAAGGACCUGAAAAACCAUGAGCGCUCCCACACUGGAGAAAAACCAUACCUGUGUUCAGACUGUGGCAAAGCCUUCUCCCGCUCCUCCUCCCUGGCCUGCCAUCAACGCAUUCACUCCCAGAACAAACCCUAUCAGUGCGAGCAGUGUGGUAAGGGCUUCACCCAGCUCUCUUCCUACCAGUCUCAUCUCCGCACUCACUCUGGAGAGAAGCCGUUCCUCUGCCCACAGUGUGGCAAGAUGUUUUCUGACCCUUCCAGUUUCCGUCGCCACCAACGAGCCCACCUGGGUUUCAAGCCAUACCCCUGCGAUAAGUGUUCCAAGAGGUUCCGGCAGCCAGCUGAUCUGGCCGUGCACGAGCGGGUUCACUCUGGAGAGCGGCCUUACAAAUGCCAGAGCUGUGACAAGGCCUUUGUAGCGUCCUGGGAUCUGCGGCGACACAUGCUUGUCCACACAGGCCUUAGGCCCUUCUCUUGCACAGAGUGUGACAAGUCGUUUGCUGAGCGCUCCAGCCUCAACAAGCACCGGCGUGUGCACUCUGGAGAGAGGCCUUUCAAAUGUGAGGAGUGCUUGAAGUCAUUCGUGGUGUCUUCAAGCCUGCGCAAACAUGAGAGGACUCACCUAGCUGAGCAGACUGAACAGCAGCAGCAGCAGCAACAACAGCAACAGCAACAACAACAACAACAACAACAACAACACGAGACAGAGGCCGGUUCAGCCUCAGGCUUUACUGCCCACACAACUCUCCCACAGUUCUCCUGUGCUCUCUGUGAUGUUACUUUUGGAAGCUGGGAUGAAGUUCAGGCACAUGAGAAUUUUCACUCCAUCGAAUCUGCUUCUCCGACUGUUACCAAAAUCAUGCCCAUGGGCUCUCAUGUCUGUGAAACCUGCCAGGCAGAGUUUGCACAGCUGGCAGACUUGCAGGAGCACGAGAAGCAGCAUCCCAAGCCGAGGCCUCAUGUCUGCAACAGCUGCGGCAAAGGCUUCCUCAACAAAUCUGGACUGCGUAAACACCAGAAGAUCCACUCCACCAGCAAGCCUCACAGCUGCCCCCACUGUGGCAAGGCUUUCCUGUUUGCUGCCUACCUUCGCAAGCACUUAAGGACUCAUGCAGAUGCUGGCUCAGUAGCCACGCAAAUCAGCGACAUAAACAUUAUUCACACUGACCCGCUUCCCUCUCCUCCGCCACCCAGUGAGGUUUCCCCCUCCACUGUUGAACCCAGCGCCAUUUCCCUGACAGUUCCAGUGACUGUACCUGUGACUGCUUUUCAGACUCUGCCAGAGUAUUUAGUCAAAGAAGAGGGACUGUAAGCUUUUUUUUAGCACUUUGGAAUUUUGGUUCCACUAAAUAUUUAGCCAGUGGCCUUAAAUCUUUUUAGAUGAUGGCUCUGAUGAAGUGUUAUUUUACAAGAAACUUUUUUUUUUCAGGAAAGCUUAAAAAGACUCAAAAUAGGGUCUCAUUUAUGUAAAAUGUCAGCGCUUUGUCACUGUUUUCCAUUGUUAUAAUUGAAAGAUGUUGCAUAUCAUGUUUUAAAAUAUAUACUGUACUAUAAGUAGCCAGUUAUGAAAUGAUCUGCUCUGUUGUAAUCUCUUCAUAAAAUCGUGGUGUUGCAAGCGUGUACUGAUCACUCAAGCUGUUGUGAUUUCAGGUAAAUGUGUUUUUUAAUGCUUAUAAAACUACAACCUGUCUAAAGUUCUUUGAAUUUACAUUUUGUCGGAACAAACAAUUUGUAACUGUUUUACUGUGUAAUUAUCAGUCAUCUAAUGUUAUAAAAAAAUGUUGAUUACAAAAAACAAACCAAAAAAAAAUCGUAAGUCAGUUGUUCAUUCAGAUGAAUCACAUUUUAUACCAAUAAAAAAUGUGUAAUGUGUAAAAGAAAAAAUGUAGGG